AUGUCCCAAGACCAUAGACAACUUACAUUAGAUAUUGUCUCUCACUGCAUCAGGGAUCUGGUUAACACCGACCCAUCAAUAAAGGUAAAACUCAUAAUCUCUCAUAUUACAGGAAAGUGUGGUUAUAAUAUAUCGUACAGGAAAGUGUGGAUUGCAAAGGUAAAGGCCAUAGAAUCCCUAUAUGGAAACUGGGAGACAUCUUACAAUGACCUUCCACAAUGGUUAUUGGUAAUGAAAACAUAUCUGCCUAGAAUGAUAAUAAACUUGGAAACGUUACCUGCAUUUUCAAACGAAGGAAGCCAGUUGGGUGAUAAGAUGAUAUUCCAUCGUCUAUUUUGGGCUUUUCAACCGUGCAUCCAUGGUUUUGCUUAUUGCAAGCCAAUUGUGCAAGUCAACGGAACAUGGUUGUAUGGAAGGUACAGAGGGACCUUGUUGAUGGUAGUGGCGCAGGAUGGGAAUGGUAACAUUUUUCCAAUUGCUUUCGCUAUUGUCGAGGGUGAAACCAAGGAUGCUUGGAGUUUUUUCCUUCGCAAUCUAAGAAACCACGUAACACCCCAGUCCAAUCUAUGCCUAAUAUCAGACAGACAUCCAUCGAUUAAAAGUACCUAUGAUGAUCCUGCAAAUGGAUGGCAAAAUCCUCCGUCUUCACAUGUCUACUGCAUUAGGCAUAUCGCGCAAAACUUUAUGCGUGCGAUUAGAGAUAAGGAACUACGUAAAAAACUCGUCAACAUGGGAUAUGCAUUGACGGAGUCAACGUACAACUACUAUAGAACCGAAAUUCGACAGACAAAUAGAGAUGUUUUGGAGUGGAUUGAAAAUAUCCCCAGGGAGAAGUGGGCAAGGGCGUUUGAUAGAGGACAACGAUGGGGACACAUGACGACUAACCUUGCCGAAGUAAUGAACUCUGUGCUAAAGGCAACCCGAAACCUUCCAAUAACUUCUUUGGUAUCGGCCACAUAUUUUCAGAUGGGAGCAUUAUUUGGUCAACGUGGCCAUGAAUGGACAAAGAGGUUGACAUCAGGACAAACUUUUACAGACAAGUGUAUUAAGGGGAUGACUGAAGAAGUCAACAAAGCAAGCAGUCAUAAUGUUUAUCAGUUCGACCAGGAGAGAUUCUAUUUUAUGGUGGCCGAAAGAAUAAAUCGCAACGAUGGUCGACCAACUGGUACUUACGGUGUUGAUCUACGAAAAAGAACCUGUGAUUGCGGAAAAUUUCAAGCGUUUCAUUUGCCUUGCUCACAUGUGAUUGCAGCAUGUUUUCAAGAUUCAACAUGUUUUUAA